AUGGCUGAGAUUCACACACUAAGGGCCCGUACUACAGAACUGGAACAAAGGGUCGAGUCCACAGUGGCAGCACACAACGUAGCCACAGAGCACAUCAACCGGCUCACAACAAGGCUAGAGGCAUCAGAAGCAGCACUAGAAGACUUGGCAAACCCCUCACGCCGCAACAAUCUGCGUAUACGUGGCCUCCCUGAACAAGCGGAUGAGGGCCCGCUCGCGGCCACCGUACCUACCAUCCUCCUGCCUAACCUGCCAGAGAUCCCAGAUGAACGCUGGCUCAUCGACAGAGCGCAUAGGUCCCUACCAUAA